AUGGCUCCCUGUGAGAGGGGCUCCUACGACGUCUACGAGUCCACUGUGUGUGGGGUAGAUUGGUAUGAUGCGGGUGAGCCGAUUACCCGCGUGUGGGGCACCUCGCAGAACCGUCAAGGAGGGGACGGCGUGCAGAGCGGCUUCAUCACGGCAGACAUCGAGAAUAAAAAGGUGCUGCUCCUCACCACGCCGGUGUACUCGGAAGAGGAAGGCAAAGUAAAGGGUGCUCUGCAUCUUUGGUUGACUGAUAAUUCCCGCGUGCACGAUGUCGGACCGGUGUCACGAGAAGCGGAUGACGCCGCUGCCAGCUCCCUGCUGUACAGAAGCGGUGCGUCGGUGGAGUUGAUUCUACUGUACGAGAAGAAGACUGGAUACGAUUCGUACGGUCUUGCGUAUGUGCGCCUGACGGAGCAGCUGGAUCGGAUAAAAGAGGUGGUGAAGAGUUGGAUUGCAUUGGACACCGCCUUGCAAGGCUGCGAAACCAGUGGAAACCUCGACCCGCGAAAGAGGGGCAUGUGCAACGGCCCUCUUCCCACCAAAGGGCUGGUGGGCCUACUGUCCAACACAUUGGCCGGGACUGCGUGGGUGGACGAGUACCGCGGCGUGAACGCGACUGUGAAAGGUGGGGCGGCGACAAGCGAGAAGGGAGGUGUGACUUUCACAGGCAGUGGCUCAUGGGCGGAGUGGCCUGUGGGAAGCAGGGGGCAGAACCAGCCGUACUACUUUGCAAACAACAAGUUCGCUCUUGUGGCGACGGUGAUGCUCCACGCGGUGCCGGAGGAGGACACGCCUUUGCUGGGCGUGAGCAUGAAUGACACGGCCGGCACCGUCCUCCUGGGUGUGUCGUGCACGCCGGACAAGAAGUGGAAAGUGACGGCCAGCGGUGAGAUCCGGGAGUUGUCGAAAGAAGAUGCAACGUGGGAGACGGAGAAAACGUAUCAGGUGGCACUGCAGAUGGAUAAGGACGAUGAGUUGUUUGUGUACGUCGACGGAGACGAGAUAUACGACGGCGAAGACGAUGAUGAAGAGGAAGAUGGCGAUGGUGGCA